AUGUCUGAGCUCCCUCGUACUCUGCCAGCGUCCUGGUACUGCAGUGAACCACUCUACCAGAUGGAACGUCGGGCGGUCUUCUUCAAAUCCUGGUACUUGCUCGGCCCCGUGACCCGAUUCCAGAUCGUGAAUGAACAUGUCCCAUACGAAGUUGCGCAGCAGCCAGUAUCUGCUUUUCGCACAAAGGGUGAAUCGUUGAACCCCACUGCCGAGGAACUCAAGGUCGUUUGCUCCAAGACAGGCAGAGAACUCCGCAGCCAUCUCACCCCAACAGGAUUAUUGUUCUCCACAAUCUCCGAUGAUGCGCCCAGCUUCGAUGAAUUCUUCCCAGAGCUCGAGGAACUGCUGGGAAAAGUUGACUUCUCCAAGCUUCCCUAUCGACGCAGCAUCCGGUAUGAAGGUCGAUUCAACUGGAAAACCAUGGUUGACGGAUACCAAGAGUGUUUGCACUGCCAGUACACUCAUCCCUCAUUCUCGGUGUACUAUCCUCCCACCUUCUAUACAGUGCGCAACAAGCACAACUUUUCACAGCACAUCGCUGAUCCCAAGAAGCCGGAUGAUGGCCUCUUCCUCUACUUCUUCCCCAACUGUACCUUGAAUGUGUACGGUGGGGGAAUGUCUAUGUUCAGGGUGUGUCCGACAGCCGACCCACAUGUGACUCGCAUGGAAUUUGACUACUAUCAUCUCGAAACUGGCGACAAGUUUGAGGAUUAUUACAAAUUCGUCCGCCAGGUCGCUAUGGAAGACUAUGAGCUCUGCGAGAAGGCUCAGGAUAACCUUGCCAAGGGUGUUUAUCACGAAGGAAUACUCAACCCGGAGAAGGAAAAUGGGGUAUCUUACUACCAGCAACGGGUGUUCGAUAUGGUAUGCGAGCAGCAUGAUUCCGAUAGGAUGGCCAAGUUGAGCGUUGAACCUGAGAAAGGGGAGCAGAUCACGCCAACAAUGGUUGAGAUGACAGCGUAG